GUUUAGCAAAUUUACAUUUUCCUACGGUGUAUGAAACAACGAUUAUUACCUAAGAAGAACAACAAUAUAUAACGGUUGAACAACAAUAUUCAGUCUGCAGUUUGGUUGCUCGGAGCGUGUCAGUUAGCUAACCUUUGCUCAAGGAAAUCGACCAUUCAAAGCGAUGGAUGAAUACGAGGAAAUAGCUAACGUUAGCCUUCCUUAGCUGGUGAUUUUGACUAGCUACAUAAGCUGUCAUGCGCAAGAGGAACAUUUGGAUAUUAUUUGCAGCAAUUUGUUAAAUUAAAUCAGGUGUGACAUCAUUGGCAGCCUCAUCUUGGAUCUAGCAUGGCCUUCAGCAAAGGAUAUCGCAUCUACCACAAGUUGGACCCGCCCCCGUACAGCGUCAUCGUGGAAACCAGGAACAGAGAUGAAUGCCUCAUGUUCGAGUCGGGCGCCGUCGCCGUGCUAUCGGCAGCAGAGAAGGACGCCAUUAAGAACACCUACACCAAGAUGAUGGACGCCUAUGGGAUUCUGGGAGUUCUUCGCCUCAACCUGGGUGAUUCCAUGCUCCACAGCUUGGUGGUAGCAGCAGGCUGUAGCUCCGUAGGGAAGGUGCAAGACUCUGAGGUGUUCCGGGUCACGUCUACAGAGUUUGUUUCUCUGAAGAACGACCCGAGUGACGAGGACCGCAUCGCUGAUGUCAGGAAAGUCCUGAACUCUGGGAACUUUUAUUUCGCUUGGUCUUCUAGCGGCAUCAGCAUGGACCUCAGCCUCAACGCCCACCGCCGGAUCAAGGAGGACACCACAGACAACCGCUUCUUCUGGAACCAGUCCCUUCACCUUCACCUAAAGCACUACGGUGUGAACUGUGAUGACUGGUUGUUGAGGUUGAUGUGUGGCGGGGUGGAGAUCAGGACGAUCUACGCAGGUCACAAACAGGCCAAGGCCUGCGUCAUCUCCCGCCUCAGCUCAGAGAGGGCCGGGACGCGUUUCAACGUCCGAGGGGCCAACGAUGACGGACAGGUGGCCAACUUCGUAGAGACUGAACAGGUGAUCUUCCUGGAUGACCAGGUGUCUUCCUUCAUCCAGAUCCGUGGUUCCAUUCCUCUGUUCUGGGAGCAACCAGGAAUACAGGUGGGCUCUCAUCGUGUCAAGCUCUCCAGAGGGUACGAGGCCAACGCACCGGCUUUUGAGAGACACUUCAGUGCUCUGAGGAGGCUGUAUGGGAAACAGGUGAUCAUCAACCUGCUAGGCAUGAAGGAGGGAGAACACAUGCUCAGCAAAGCAUUCCAGAGUCACCUGAAGGCGUCCGAACACGCCGGAGCUGUGAAGAUGAUUAACUUUGACUACCAUCAGAUGGUGAAGGGCGGUAAAGCUGACAAACUCCACAGUGUCCUCAAACCUCAGCUCAACAAGUUUCUGGAUGACUGUAGCUUCUUCUACUACUCUGGAGAGACCGGGGUUACCAAGUCUCAGAGUGGUACCCUCAGGACCAACUGUCUAGACUGUCUAGACAGAACCAACAGUGUCCAGGCCUACUUCGCUUUGGAGAUGUUACCUAAACAGUUAGAGGACAUGGGUCUGACAGAGAAGCCCCAGCUGGUAGCCAGGUUUCAGGAAGUGUUCAGGUCCAUGUGGACGGUUAACGGAGACUCGGUCAGCAAGAUCUACGCUGGGACCGGAGCCCUGGACGGAAAGGCUAAGGGGGGUAAGUUGAAGGACGGUGCUCGCUCUGUGACCAGAACCAUCCAGAAUAACUUCUUUGACAGUUCAAAGCAGGAGGCCAUCGACAUCCUCCGACUGGGUUCAACACUGAACAGUGACCUGGCAGACAAGGCCCGGGCCCUGCUCACCACGUCCAGUCUUUACGUCACUGAGCCUAUCUUACAAUCAGCCUCUCCCAGAGUUCUACUGGGAAUGUGUCAGAACCACCAGAAAUACACGCGUCCCAAACAGAUCAGGGUGUCAGUGGGUACGUGGAACGUCAACGGGGGCAAACAGUUCCGCAGCAUCGCCUUCCGCAACCAGACCCUCAACGAUUGGCUGCUGGACGCUCCGAUGAAGGCCGGACUCCCAGAGUUCCAGGACAGUAGAGCCAACCCACCAGAUAUCUUUGCCAUCGGCUUUGAGGAGAUGGUGGAGUUGAAUGCUGGCAACAUCGUCAGUGCCAGUACGACCAAUCAGAAGUUGUGGGCUGCAGAGCUGCAGAAGAACAUAUCUCGUGAUCAUAAAUACGUCCUGCUGGCAUCCGAGCAGCUCGUGGGAGUCUGUCUGUUUGUCUUCAUACGCCCCCACCACGCCCCCUACAUCAGGGACGUUGCUGUGGAUACGGUGAAGACGGGGAUGGGCGGAGCCACAGGUAACAAAGGGGGAGUGGCCAUCCGCAUGCUGUUCCAUACGACCAGUAUCUGUUUCGUCUGCUCCCACUUCGCUGCCGGCCAAUCACAGGUCAAGGAGAGGAACGACGACUACAACGAGAUCACACGCAAACUCACCUUCCCCAUGGGUAGACUGCUCUACUCCCAUGACUACAUCUUCUGGUGUGGGGACUUUAACUACCGCAUCAGUCAGCCCAACGAGGAAGUCAAGGAGUUGAUCAGACAACAGAACUGGGAAGCCCUGACCGCCGGAGACCAACUGGUGGACCAGAAGAACCAGGGACUGGUGUUCCGUGGCUUCAUCGAGGGCAACCUGGACUUUGCUCCCACCUAUAAGUACGACCUGUUCUCGGACGAUUAUGACACCAGUGAGAAGUGUCGUACCCCCGCCUGGACCGACCGCUGCCUCUGGAAGAGGAGGAAGUGGAACUUCGACAAGACUGCGGAGGAGAUGAACAUGGUAGGCCCAGUGGGAGAAGCAGAGGAACAGCAGCAGGAGCCCUGGAGCCCUGGAGAGCUGAAAUACUACGGCAGGGCGGAGCUCAAGACCUCUGAUCACAGGCCCGUGAUGGCAGUGAUGGAUAUAGACGUCCUGGAGGUGGAUCCAGAUGCCCGUCACCAGGUGUACAAGGAGGUGAUCGCCCUGCAGGGUCCUCCCGACGGAACCAUCCUGGUCUCCCUCUGUUCCUCCGGACCCGACGACUAUUUUGACGACGCGCUCAUCGACGAGCUGCUGGACAAGUUCGCUGUGUUUGGAGAGGUCAUCCUCAUCAGGUUCGUAGAGGAGAAGAUGUGGGUGACGUUUCUAGAAGGUUAUUCAGCUCUGGCUGCCCUGUCUCUGAGCGCCUCCACGGUUCUGGGUAAGGUGAUAGACAUCCGUCUGAAGAGUUCAGGUUGGAUUAAGAGUCUGGAGGAGGAGAUGAGUGUAGAGAGGAUCUGUGGAUCUGUCCCUACCUCCGCCAGCUCCUCUCUGCUGGCCGAGGACGCUGAUAUGGGAGAGGAUGACUACGAUAUGGAGGGUGAUGUGGAUGAGGAGGUGGAGGAUAUUCUCCCCCAGCACCUUCAGCCCGGUGCAGGCCCCGCCCCCCUCUCCUCCCCCUCUCCCUCCCCCCGGGGAAGCCCCUCUCACUCCCCCACCCACGGAGAACCUGCUGCCCCCAGCAGACCCAGCCGAUCUGCCCCACGCUCUGCUGGACCACCGCAAGGGACUCCAGUGGACUUCCAGCCUGGUGCCCCUCAGGCCCUGGAGCCUAAACGCCCUCCUCCUCCUCGCCCCAACGCCCCCCCAGCCCGACCUGCUCCUCCUCAACGCCCUCCUCCUCCAUCAGGAGGCCUUAGCCCUAUGCCCGGGAGAAGAGACAUGGGAGGACAAAAAAGCCCUGCGCUCGCUAGACCUGCCUCAGGUCGCGUCCAAUCAGGUCCUGGAGGCCUGCCCAGACCGAACAUGCCUCAGAGAGCUGGGGUGAUCAGUGUGACCCCCCAGGCGCGCCCUGCCCACCCAGGUGCUCCCAGACCCACCCCAGAGGCACCCGGGGCUCCACGGCCCACCCCAGACACUCACCCUGGAGCCCCCAGACCUGGCCCUGACGCCCAGCCUAAACCCACCGACCUGCCCCUGGGUGAGACACAGCCUGGAGGCCUCACACUAUAUCAACCACAUCUGGCUUCAAAUAGUCACCCUCCUUCUGGACCCCCUCCAGUGAGACAUGUCCCCUCCCCGAUGCAGCCCCCGAUGCAGCCAACCAUGCAGCCCCAGUCUGCCCCUCCAGCCCAGCCACCCAUGCAGCCACCCAUGCAGCCACCCAUGCAACCAACCAUGCAACCAACCAUGGCUGCCCCAAUGCAGGCUCCCAUGCAGCACCAGUCUGCCCCUCCAGCCCAGCCACCCAUGCAGGCUCCCAUGCAGCCAACCAUGCAGCCCCAGUCUGCCCCUCUAGCCCAGCCACCCAUGCAGGCCCCACUGCUGCCCCAAAUGGCUGCCCCAAUGCUGCCCACACAGGCCGGAGCAGGGCUAGGGGCUACCGGGGCUGUGGCCCCCCAGGGGCUGUCCUCCCCCAAGCCCCCUCCCCGCUCCCGUUCCUCUCAUGUCCUGCCCCCUGAGACCACCACUACAGAGAAUGCCCCUGCAACCCAGAUCAAUGGGGUGAAUGGAAUCCAAAGAGAAGCACAAUGGAAGCCCGAACCCUUUGACACACUCACCUCUGACCUCUCCGCCUCUUGGCUCAACACCCAAUCACUGACCAGGAACUCCUCCUUACGCUCCGCUCCUACCCUCCCUACUUCCUCCUUCACUCUCCCUUCAUCCCUCCACUCCACCCCUCUGUCCACCAUGCAGGGCUUCGACGACUCCUCCACCCUCCCCCCUUCCCUCACCCAGUCUCUCCUCCCCCCUCCCCCGGUCCCAUCUCGAAGUAGGUCCCAGGAGGCCCUGCAGCGAGGCUCUCCCAACCCCUUCCUGAGUGAUCCGGUCCCAGCCCGUCCCAACAGCACCAACCCCUUCACUGGUCCUCUGGUGCAGCAGUGCCAGAGGCGCUCCCUGACACCUGACUUCCUUGCCCAGCAGAAGGCCUCCAGGCCUGGCCUCGACAGGACCAUGUCUGCCUUCACCCAGCCCCUCGCCCCUACCCCAGCCUCGCUUCUCGCCCCUACCCCAGCCCCGUUCCCAGCUUUUGCCCCCACCCCGACGCCAGGGGCACCUGCACCCCCUCCAUCGCUCCACCGGACCAUGCCCCUGCUUGGCCCAUCGAUGACCCCCCUCAUCCCUGCUCCAGGGCUCCCUCUCCUGACUGCUCCCUCUCUCCCUGCCCCUAUGCUCCCCCUGUCUCCUCCCUCCUCUCUCCCUGCCCCCCUGUCGUCCCGCCCACAGCCCCCUCCUCCCCCUCGGCCCCAGCUGUGGGUGACCUUUGAUGAUGAUUCACUCCUCCCCGUCCCAGCCAAGGCUCCACCUGCAGCCCCCACUGCUUCCAUCUGCCCCCCAUCUCUCACCCAGACUCAGUUCUCCUGCUCUGGUUUCGACUCUGACCCACACUGGGCCACCGGCUCCACCACCUUGACCUCCACAUUCCUCUCCCGGCCCCCUCCGAUCCCAGCCAGGAUGGUCCCAGGCAGCAGCCAGCCCGCGCUCCCAGCCCGCGCCACAGACAACCUCCCCUUUCCCAAGGACUUCACUGAGAGAUAGGAGUGAGCCAGCGAUCUAUGGUCCACCACAGAGGAAAAACAUGUCCUGUGUAGGCCAAGCAGGACAGGGCAGACCUAUCUAGAGGAGUGUAGAUCUAUGGUAAAUGUGAAUGUGUGUAUGGUUUGUAUAAAGAGUCAGGUAUUUAACACAUUUAAACUAACCCCCUCCCACUCCUGAAUAGUCAUGUAUCACUGCUGUUCCGUAACAUCUCUGCUGCCGAUGUUGUUAACACGUCAUUAUGUGAAUAUGUGUGUUUCUCCUGGUCUGUUUAUUUCGUUAUGGCAGGAAACAUGUUCCUGGGUCUAUACCAAGGCUGUCUAACCCUGUUCCUGGGGAGAGACCCUCCUGUAGGUUUUAACUCCAACCCUGUUCCUGGAGAGAUACCCUCCUGUAGGUUUUAACUCCAACCCUGUUCCUGGAGAGAUACCCUCCUGUAGGUUUUAACUCCAACCCUGUUCCUGGAGAGAGACCCUCCUGUAGGUUUUAACUCCAACCCUGUUCCUGGAGAGAUACCCUCCUGUAGGUUUUAACUCCAACCCUGUUCCUGGAGAGAUACCCUCCUGUAGGUUUUAACUCCAACCCUGUUCCUGGAGAGAUACCCUCCUGUAGGUUUUAACUCCAACCCUGUUCCUGGAGAGAUACCCUCCUGUAGGUUUUAACUCCAACCCUGUUCCUGGAGAGAUACCCUCCUGUAGGUUUUAACUCCAACCCUGUUCCUGGAGAGAUACCCUCCUGUAGGUUUUAACUCCAACCCUGUUCCUGGAGAGAUACCCUCCUGUAGGUUUUAACUCCAACCCUGGUCCUGGAGAGAUACCCUCCUGUAGGUUUUAACUCCGACCCUGUUCCUGGAGAGAAACCCUCCUGUAAGUUUUAACUCCAACCCCAGUUUUUCAACCAGCUAAUUAUUAGAAUCAGGUGCACUAGAUGAGGGUUGGAGUGAAAACCUACAGGAGGGUCUCUCUCCAGGAACAGGGUUUGAGUAAAAACCUAUAGGAGGGCAGAUCUCCAGGAACAGUGUUAGACAGCCCUGGGUCUAUAUGGUUAAUGUCAAUGUAUAUCAAUAUAUAUAUCUAUGUAUGCGCUCAAAUGGUGUCCGCUCCUGUGUAAUAUUGAACAUGUCUAUCUACAGCCGUCGAGGUUCUUAUUCCAUAUGAUCAGCAUUCUAGGAUAUGACCACAGUCAGCGGUGUGUCACGCUCACUGUUAUGACACGGUAGGGCUACAGUCACAUACACAUCUGGCGUUAUACUAGGCUGUAUGUAAGCAGCAGUAGCCUAGUCCCUGUCGUUCAAACACAGAGGGAAACACCUAGGAACCCAGUUUCUACUCCUCACUGCGUAUUCAGUAUAGGGUGAGUGCACUGCAAGAGCCAAAAUGGAACCCAGUUUCCACUCCUCACUGCUUAUUCAGUAUAGGGUGAGUGCACUGCAGGAUACAAAAUGGCCAACUGUCAUGUCACUCAGCAUUAAUCAGAAAUCACCUUGCUCUACAGAGUUUCUAGCCUGUUAUACAACGUCUUCGUAUGUUUCUGUGUCAGGCAGAGCCAGAACUCCCAGUUACUGAAUAUAUCUGUACAGUACAACACCUAUUUUAUCUGUUAUGAAUGUACAGGUUGUCGUUGUCUCCUUGAGACCACAAAUGAUGGUUUCUCUCUCUCUCCUGUCAUCAGCAUCUGUCUUCUGGGCUGUUGUGCUAAAGUUCAACGUGUUCGGUAGCCACAUAUGAAGCUGUAUACAUAGUGUUUCUGUAUCUUUUCAGAGAGCAGGCUAGUCCCCAGGCGCGUGUGUAUUUAAGGUAUAACAGAUAUGCACUAAGACUUUGUUAAGUCAACCAGGUUCUCUGAGAGGUCUUUGUUAAAGCAUUAACGUCUGGUGAGCGUGACAGAUUGUGGAUUAACGUCUGGUGAGCGUGACAGAUUGUGGAUUAACGUCUGGUGAGCGUGACAGAUUGUGGAUUAACGUCUGGUGAGCGUGACAGAUUGUGGAUUAACGUCUGGUGAGCGUGACAGAUUGUGGAUUAACGUCUGGUGAGCGUGACAGAUUGUGGAUUAACGUCUGGUGAGCGUGACAGAUUGUGGAUUAACGUCUGGUGAGCGUGACAGAUUGUGGAUUAACGUCUGGUGAGCGUGACAGAUUGUGGAUUAACGUCUGGUGAGCGUGACAGAUUGUGGAUUAACGUCUGGUGAGCGUGACAGAUUGUGGAUUAACGUCUGGUGAGCGUGACAGAUUGUGGAUUAACGUCUGGUGAGCGUGACAGAUUGUGGAUUAACGUCUGGUGAGCGUGACAGAUUGUGGAUUAACGUCUGGUGAGCGUGACAGAUUGUGGAUUAACGUCUGGUGAGCGUGACAGAUUGUGGAUUAACGUCUGGUGAGCGUGACAGAUUGUGGAAAGGGGAGAGACUGUUUUGACAGAUGACUUGAGGACUUAAACCUGCUUCCUCCUACUCUCUCUGUAUCACGUGUGUGUGUGUGUGUGUGUGUGUGUGUGUGUGUGUGUGUGUGUGUGUGUGUGUGUGUGUGUGUGUGUGUGUGUGUGUGUGUGUGUGUGUGUGUGUGUGUGUGUGUGUGUGUGUGUGUGUGUGUGUAGAGCUGCAUACUGUACGUCUCCCAGUAUAUAUAUAUAUUCCUCCUUGAUUUGAUCCAAAGCUUGGACCUGUACUACUGUAUAGUAACAUGAAUGUGGUGUUCUUCUGUUGUACUAUUGAGAUCUUUCUAUAUAUCUGAUCUCAAACGAUCCCAUUUUGCUUCUUGUUGCGUGUCGCUAUAAAACAUGUAUUUUGCUUUGAACUUAAUCUUACUCGCAGAGAUGGUACCUACCUACUUAUUUUUUAUUUCAAAAGAGAGAAUUAUUUCUAAUCUAUUUAUUAUUGAAACUGUGGUGAGAAGUACUGUGCUGUGUUUGAGGUGUGUUGUCUGUCGUGGGUGGGUGGG